AUGUCCGUGUCACUAGCAAGCGUAGGAGAAGAACUGAAAGAUAACUUUUUGCGGGCCCUGGCAGAAAGAGAGGAAGCCAAUCGUACUGGAAAAAUUUCUUCCAUAAUCUUCAUUCGUGACCGAAAUUCUCGUCGCCAGGAGGUGUCCGCGUACGUCGACUAUGCACACAGACUGACAACAGAUGAUUUUGAAGUCUACUUCAGCGGGAAGAAAAGACUUCUCCCUCGGACCACUGAUCUGAGCUUUUACAACUGGGAUAGAAAUGUCAGCACUUCAAAUUCCAGCCCAAAUUACCAAGUGAUUGCAGAAAAUGCCUGUGGACUACUCUUCGAGAACAAAAGUGAUAGGAAAAUAAUAAAUGUGGAUCCCAAGGCCUACCCAGGAGACAACACAACGCGGACGCCUGUUGAAACACAUCUCUAUCUCCAUGUUGUUAUCUAUGACCAUAUCAUCAGAAAAGGGACCUAA